CACAAUUCGAUUUCGCGUAACAAGAACUGACGGAAUAAAAAAUCUCGCGGCAUGAUCGCCCAAGCCGUGAAGGAGGAAAUGGCCAGGCGGCAGCAAGAGGCUGCCCGGAGGAUGGUGCAGAGGCAGAUGGCCCUGCAGGUGGCGUCGGUGCGAGAGCGCCUCGAGUGGUUCGCGCCCUUCCUGGUUUCAUCAGCGACGUUCCUGUUCCUCGGCUACCGCAAAACCAGAAAUUCAGUCGUGCUGUACCCCCUGGUGCCCAUGUGCUUUGCCCUGGGCUAUCAGGUCGAUUUCGCUUUCGGAAGCAAAACGAACAGAAUUAAAAACAUCGCAGAAAGCAUCAUGAGACACGAGGGACACCUGAUCCACGUGCCUGAGUGGCACUACAGCGACCCCCUCAAGCAAAAUCACGUGGGCAUCCCCCUUAUCUCGCUCAAGCCUUGA